GUUAGAUGCGGUGAGAAAGAUCCGAUCAGUGUAUGUUGUUGUUGCUGGAUAUCGAUUGGAAGCGAGUGGAAAGCGAAAAGCGUCAACCGUGGAAGUGGCAGUGCAAGAAGCGGCAGUAUCAUCUAACAUUAAUUUAGAUUAUGGCGAAUUUAAAUUUUCAACAACCCCCGAGAAGUAUAACGAACGCAGCGUUAGCUGGAAGGACGACAGGAGGAUUCGGUGGUAGCUCCCUGGCUGGCCAUGUAACGCCCACGUCGGGCAUGUUCCAAACCGACUUUGUAUCCAGCUCGUAUCCAGGAGCAGCGAAUUACGGACAGGCGCCGCAGCAGCAGCAGCAGCAGCAACAACAGCAGCAGCAGCCGCAGCUAUCGCCCAACCGAAAUGCGCAACUCUCCGUCGGAGGACCCGCCAUCUCGAGCGGCAACCGCAACGCCAACCUCUUCGGUCAGCGGCAGUUUUUGGAGCGGCGUGCCAUGCAGGGAUUGGGCACUGGACCCAUGUCGAACAUGGGAAACUUCAUGCAGACGGGUCGCGGCGGCUACGGAACGGGCGGCGGCGGUGGUGGUCCAUUGAAUAACUUCCACGUGUUCGGCGGCGGUGGCGGAGGCGAUGCCUCCACGCCGGCCCUGCUUGAUCCCACGGAAUUCCCCUCGCUAACGAACGCGCGCGGCCAGAACGACCAGACACUGCCCCAAUCGAAUCCGCUCCAGCCGCCGGGCAGCAAACCCUAUGGUAAUUUCUUUACCUCUUUUGGCAUGGUGAAACAGCCGACGUCAGAACAAUCGGAGUUCACGAUGUCCAAUGAGGACUUCCCUGCGUUACCGGGCACCCAGAACUCGGACGGCACAACGAACGCGGUGGGGAGUAGUGGUUCAGCGGGUAGCGCCGGCAGUGGAACAACCGGAUCCAGCGGUUCAGGUACCAACACAGAAAAUCACCUGGACGGCACGGAAAAAGCGAUGAAUUCAAUUGUGGUCAGCGGAUCGACGAGCGUUAGCGGUAGCGGCACCAGUGUCGGCGUUGUAGGCGGCAAUGGUCUCGGUGCCGUUGGUAGUGGCCUUGGCGGCGUAGUCGUAGGAAGUGGCAGUGGAGCGGGAAGCGGUUCAAGUGGCGGCAGCGCAGCCAGUGGUGUCGCCAGUGGAUCGCACGUGGGAUCCAGCGGUAUCGUCAACAGUGUUCCCAACAGCAACGCGAUGAUGGGCGUGGGCGGCGGCCUUGGCAGCGGAACUGGCGGAUCCUCCGGCGGCGGUGCGGUCGAGCAUCUGAACGAUAAUUCCAGCAACGAUAAACUUGUGAAGAGCGGCGUGCAAACUUCGCCAGAUGGCAAGGUCACAAACAUCCCAGCGACCAUGGUGAACAACCAGUUCGGCAUGGUGGGCCUGCUGACGUUCAUCCGGGCUGCCGAAACGGAUCCCAACCUGGUGACACUCUCUCUGGGCACGGAUCUCACGGGACUUGGCCUUAAUCUGAACUCGCAAGAGAGCUUGCAUACAACAUUCGCUGGACCGUUCGUGGAACAGCCCUGCAGAGCACAAGACGUCGAGUUUAACGUGCCACCCGAAUAUCUGAUUAAUUUUGCGAUAAGAGACAAACUUACUGCGCCGGUACUGAAAAAGCUGCAAGAGGAUCUCCUCUUCUUCCUCUUCUAUACAAACAUCGGCGAUAUCAUGCAGUUAAUGGCAGCUGCCGAAUUGCAUAGUCGCGAAUGGCGGUAUCAUGUGGAAGAGAAAAUAUGGAUAACUCGAAUUCCUGGCAUUAAUCAAUAUGAAAAAAAUGGUACAAAAGAGCGCGGCACUUUCUACUACUUUGAUGCGCAAAGUUGGAAACGUUUGUCCAAGGUUUUCCAAAUAGAUGCCGAGAAAUUAGAUAAAUGUCCCAAUUUAAGUGCGUAUGUGAAUGGACAGUCUGUAUAAAAUUAAUAAAAAUGAAAAAAAUUGAAAAAGAA